UCCGAACGGGCGCCCUUCACCGCCGCCGCCGCCACCGCCGCUUCGCCUGCCGGCCUGAGAGCGGGACCAUGGAUGAAAGGUUCAACAAGUGGCUGCUAACGCCGGUGCUCACUCUCCUCUUCGUGGUCAUCAUGUACCAGUACGUGUCCCCCUCCUGCAGCAGCUCCUGCACCAACUUCGGGGAGCAGCCCCGCGCCGGCGAGGCCCGCGCGCCCGCCGCCCCGAGUCCCGCCCGCCGAGCACAGGUGCCGCCGGACGAGUGGGAGCGGCGGCCCCAGCUGCCCCCGCCGCCCCGAGGGCCGCCCGAGGCGUCGCGGGGCUCCGUGGUGCCCGAGGAAGAGGACGUGGAGCCGGGGGACCAGGAGGAGGAGGAGGAAGAAGAGGAGGAAGAGGAGCCGGACCCCGAGGGCCCGGAGAACGGCUCCCCGCCCCGCUUCGUGCCCCGUUUCAACUUCACCCUGAAGGACCUGACCCGCUUCGUGGAUUUCAACAUCAAAGGGCGGGACGUGAUCGUGUUCCUACACAUCCAGAAGACGGGGGGCACGACGUUCGGCCGGCACCUGGUCAAGAACAUCCGUCUGGAGCAGCCCUGCAGCUGCAAAGCCGGCCAGAAGAAGUGCACCUGCCACCGGCCCGGCAAGAAGGAGACGUGGCUCUUCUCGCGUUUCUCCACCGGCUGGAGCUGCGGGCUGCACGCCGACUGGACAGAGCUCACCAACUGCGUGCCGGCCAUCAUGGAGAAGAAGGACUGUCCCCGCAACCACAGCCACACCAGGAAUUUCUACUACAUCACAAUGUUGCGGGAUCCAGUGUCUCGUUACCUGAGUGAGUGGAAACAUGUCCAGCGAGGGGCCACGUGGAAAACUUCGCUCCACAUGUGUGAUGGAAGAAGCCCCACCCCUGAUGAGCUGCCUACCUGUUACCCUGGGGACGACUGGUCUGGGGUUAGCUUACGGGAGUUUAUGGAUUGCAGCUAUAACCUGGCUAACAACCGCCAGGUGCGAAUGCUGGCUGACCUCAGCCUAGUGGGCUGCUACAAUUUGACUUUCAUGAAUGAGAGUGAAAGGAACACCAUCCUGUUGCAAAGUGCAAAGAACAACCUGAAGAACAUGGCUUUCUUUGGGCUCACCGAAUUCCAGAGGAAGACACAGUUUCUCUUUGAGAGGACAUUUAACCUCAAGUUCAUCUCCCCCUUCACACAGUUCAAUAUCACGCGGGCUUCUAAUGUGGAAAUCAACGAGGGUGCCCGCCAGCGCAUCGAGGAGCUGAACUUCCUGGACAUGCAGCUUUACGAGUAUGCAAAAGAUCUCUUCCAGCAACGCUACCAUCACACCAAGCAGCUAGCUCACCAGAGGGAUCGCCAAAAAAGGCGGGAAGAGCGGAGGCUCCAGAGAGAACACAGGGCCCACCAUUGGCCAAAACAGGAUGGGGCCACGGAGGGGACUGUCACGGAGGACUACAACAGCCAGGUGGUGAGAUGGUGACCUCCUGCCCGCUCCUCUCUCGGGAGGGGGAAGAUUAGCGGAUGCAUUGAUUUUUACUGCAUUUCUUGGAGAGAUCAGCCUAUUUUAAGGACAUUUGGCUGUAGGUGACUUGAUCCAGAC